UAUAAGUUCUAAUUCAUGGAAAAUCAGCCACCCACUGUAUAAAGAGGGAAGAACAAAUUCUGAAAGGAGAACUUCAGGUAGCUUCAGGUCCUUAUCGCCCAUCAGGGACCAUUCAUCUGCAAAUAAAAGAGAGGAAUCUAGUACAAGAUCAAAAUCGAUUUCUUCAGGAUCCUCAGCUUCUGCGCUGCAGGUGCAAAGCGGGCGGCAACGGAGCAAUGCAUUCUAUAAUGAGCCUUCACCUGGAGACGCACGAAUGCGCAGUAAUGCAUUCAUUUCUGACUACAAUCAUUCUGAAGGGCCCCAAGAGCACAUAUUUCCUCACAAUUUGAGUAGUUUAACCUUUGCUGAGCAUGGCUUUCAGAUUCAACAUAGUCUAGCCCCUUCAGGCAUUCUUCACAGUCCCUACAUGGAGGAUACCAACAUUAUAUAUGACCAUCAUGCAGAUUCAGACCUGGAAAAGGCUGGCUCUAGGGUAAAGGUUUCUUCAGCAGAGAGUGACAUAACCAUUUUGCACAAGCCUGACAGUGUAGCUAAUCUGAGCACUUGCUCAUUUCCUGGCAAAGAUAGUGAGUCUGUCUUAAAAUCCAGCCUGACUGAGUUCCCUGACAUGCUCAAUACUGUGGACAGAGCUGGUGACCUGGAAAACAGCAACCGCCUCAAUUCAAAAUCAGCAACCGAAGAAAAAAUAUUCAGUCUGGCUUCCCCUACUCCUACAAAAGAUCCUGCAAAGGCAGAAAACACUCCUAUUGGAACACCAUUGUCUAGCAGCAUAUGUAGCUCCAUGGUAUCCAGCAUAUAUCAGAAUUCACUGCAGCCCAGUGCCAGCACCACAGCCAGCGACACUGGCAGCAUUACUAACAGGGGUGUAGUAUCUGAAGGGGAGAUAAACACAGAUUUGGAUGAGGACAGAAUUAACACUGACUGGAGUUCACUGUCUCUACACAAGCACUCUGUCACAUCAGAAGUAGAUGUGCUAGCAGUUGAGGAGGUACAUACAGUAGAAACACUUUAUAGUGAAACACCAGAAACUGAUGGUUGCGACAGCAAAGAAUAUGACUUUGAUCGUCUGGAUCAUCGAAUCACCCUGUACCUCAUGAUGAACAAGUUUGACAACAAUGAAGAAUUCAGAUUCAAAGUCAAGGUGUUUGUAAGUCAGUACAUGGUGGAAGAUGAGUGGGAGGCUCUUUUGAUUGCUACCAACAUGAAGUUAUACGUCUUCCGCAUCAACGACUCUGAUAUUAGUGAGGAUCCCUCCACUGCAUUGACUUGUAGAGACAUUCAGCCACUUGGGGAGCUGAAGCAGGUAGCUUCAGGACUGGGCCAGCAAACCGUGAGAUUGGAGUUUGUCACCGAUUGUUCCUCAUACACACUGAUCUUUCGAGACAAGGAGAAGACGCAGGCUUUCAUGCAGCGCCUCUGUGAUCACCUGACCAUGUAUGCCAUGGAAACAAGCCUUCCAAUGACAACUGUAUUCAUUGAGGAUGUUGAUCAGGCAACCUUGGAGAACCUGAAAUCAGAUGUUUUGACACGCAGUGGUCGUGUAGAAUCUCUCAGGCUAUACACUCUAGGAUACAUUGCCAGAGGUCACAACCUGCACAGCCCUAUGGCGUUUGUAAUGUCUUCAUCAGAAAUUUGCCUGGUACGCACAAACCACCAGUGGCCGACACCACGGUAUCAGGCCCCUGUUACAGUAGACACAGUUGGAAAGCAGUUUGUUGUUCUUGAACGACAAAAGAUCAACAACAUUGCCACACUUACCUGGCAUAGUGACAACACAGCCAUGAUGCGCAUCACAUUCUUCAAUGAAAAGUCUGGUGAAGAGGGUUCUUGGAUCAUCACCAUGGAAACAGAGAAGUGUGUCAUGCAGAUGAUAGAGGCCAUUAGACAGCCAUGGGAGGAGGAAUUUGCAGUUAAUAUGGAUGUCGAAAUUGCUUCAUUUGAAUUGUCUUUUUGAGAGGGCUUUGUUUGUUUUCCAUGUCAUCUACACUGCAACAGAUGAUAUUACAGAAUAACGGUGCCAUAAUGUGCAAUAUCAGGAACUGUCUUGACCUGUUGGUAUGCAGAAUGUGGCAGUAUAGUCCAGAAAUGCAGAAAAAUAUCUCAAUUAAUGUAAUGAUACUGACAUUCAUCAUGAUCUAAUAUCCUUAUGUAAUAUUAACUCUUCACAGUUUUGGAGUGUGAGUGCGGAUUACAGAGCUAACAUGGUGUUUUUCGUCUGGUUCCAUUGUCUGAAAUUUUGUCUCACAUGUUUACCUAAUCAACCACUCACUUGUUUUCUCACACUGUUUUCAUUCAUGUGUGUGCAUGCUUUAGUGAGUGACUUAUUUAUUACUUGUUUUCUCUAAUGAAAGGAUGAUGAGGUUUUUUAUUUUUCUGAGCAGCAUAUUUGUGCAGGUAUCUGUGAAAAAAGAACAGUAUUCCAGUGAUGUUCAUUACUUUCGACUCAGUGAUGUUCAUACUGAAGACAGCCAGUAUUCACUGGACGAAGUGUCUGUUGUAUAUUUUACUAUUUAUGAGUCAGUCUUUCUCCUACUUUUAUUACAAUGUUUCUAAGAUAGUGAAUGGAGCACUAAAUUAGUCUGGUAAUGUCGCUGGAUGACUACAAAUUGUGUAGCAUAAUGUACACAACAGAGCUGGUCCUCUGAUUAUGAUGAUGAUGUCAGGCAUACAUAGCUCCAUACAUUGGAGACAAUUCUUCUCAAAGCUUUAGCUUGAUCUCUUGUGAUGAGCACUCUGAUUGACUGAGAGUGAAAAAUUGUGCAGAUAAACCGCUGAUAUGGAAAAUUUGCAUUCAUCUUCUUGCAGCUUGAUAUGCUUUACAGCUAGUUUGUCAAACCAUACAAAUGCUGAGGUGUACACAAGCCUACCAGGACACCAAUGUGAGGAUCAUAAUAAAAGCAAGGAAAAAACUUGCAAUGGAAUUGAUGCCAUAACACAAUAAAUCUAGAGGAUCUCUAGAAAUUGGACAGUUGGUAGUUCCUGAAACAUUUCAAGAUGAUUGCAUGCUGUGUGUAUUUGUGCAUUUCUAUCUUGUUUUCUUGAAAAUUGUUUAGUGUUAUGCUCUGAUGGUUCCAGUGUGCAAGAGAUUUCAAUGCAAACUAGCAUGCUACUUUUAGGCAAGCAAACCUACAUUUAUUUUUUGUGUAUAAACAGGAAAGUUUUCUCUUGCUGUGAGCUGCAUUUAGUUUGGGUUGCUAAUAAUCAGUAAAACUUUAAAACUUC